AUGAUGAUCAUGGCCUUCAUCUCCCUGCCUCUUCGUUUUAUCGCACGACUCCAGAUCAAGGCGAGUAUCUGGGCCCUGGAUGAUGUACUCAUUCUCAUCGCCGCCGUGACCUUCUAUGCCGAACAAACAGCAUUCCUCCUGGGCAUUCUUGGGAAUGGUAGUUCAGGAGGGUCUGAUCUUAUCUUGAUGACGCCGUCGCAGAUGGAUCACUACUUUAAACAUCUCUUCAUUCAGGAACACCUGUUCGGCCUCUGCAUCACCAUUAUCAAGCUCUCGAUCCUCGUCCUAUACCGCCGCAUCUUCCCAAUUCACAGCUUCAAGCGCCUGACCUGGAUUCCCAUUGUGAUGAGCACCAUUUGGUAUAUUGUUCUCGUUUUACUUCUCAUCUUCCAAUGUCACCCAAUCCACGCUGCGUGGACUGUGGCCCUGAAGGUGACCACGGCAAGAUGCAUGAGAGCUGGAAGCCUCUUGGUCGGAACUGGGAUCGCCAACAUCGUGAUUGAUCUUAUCAUAUUGGCGCUCCCUGUGUACAUGGUCCGGAAGUCCGGUUUGGGGACCGCAAAGAAAGCCAGUAUCCUCUGCAUUUUUCUUCUCGGAGGCUUCGUAUGCGUUGCUAGUGCCAUCCGUUCCUAUCACUGCUGGAGGGGGGGCCACGGAGCCACUGGUUCCACAACCAUGAGUUUAAACUGGGCCACGAUCGAGCUAGCAAUGGCGCUGAUCUGCGCGAGUAUGCCUACAUACGCUCCUCUCUUCGCUAAAGUGCGCCGGAAGAUUGGUUCCUCGCAGAAUAGAUCCGCGCCAUCGAAUGGCGGAUCCGCGCUCACUGGUAGCAAGCACUUGAGCAGCAGUUACGACUAUGAUCAGUUAGUUGAUCAGCCUAGCGCCUCUUACCAGCCGGUUAAUGUGACGACUCGCGUGGAUGCCCGUCCAAGCAAUUUUUAUGAGAUGGGACCUAUUCACCGACAACGCAGCGUGGACGUUGUGUGA